CAAGUUCCCCAUUUCUUUGACACAGCACUAAAAUUCAAUCUCUUGCAUAAAAAAAUUCCCAGCAACAUCACAGCACUAUGGAUGGCCAACUGCAAUCUGCAGUGGCAAUCACUCAUAUAAAGAAGAACCAAUUAAUCGGCUGUGACUCGAUCGGAGAGUGAUCUUGCAAGAAUCACAUACGAGUGAUCAAAAGCUCAGAUCAGAUCAAUGGAGGCUCUAGUGGCGGCGGCGGCGGCGGCUGCGAGGGAUCAGCCAUGGCUGCUGCUGCCGUGGUCCUGGCUCGCCGGCGUCGUGGUGGUGGUCGUCUACUUCUACGCGCCGUGGUGGGGCGUCCGGCGGGUGCCGGGGCCGGCCGCCCUCCCCGUCGUCGGCCACCUGCCGCUGCUCGCCGCCCAUGGCCCCGACGUGUUCGCCGUCCUCGCCAAGAAAUACGGGCCCAUCUUCAGGUUUCAUUUGGGGAGGCAGCCGCUGGUGAUUGUGGCGGAGGCGGAGCUGUGCAAGGAGGUCGGGAUCAGGCAGUUUAAGAGCAUCGCAAACCGGAGCUUGCCGGCGCCUAUCGCCGGCUCCCCUCUCCACCAGAAGGGCCUCUUCUUCACAAGGGACGCGAGGUGGUCGGCGAUGAGGAACACGAUCAUCUCGCUGUACCAGCCGUCGCACCUCGCCGGCCUCAUCCCCACCAUGCACAGCUGCGUCGCGCGCGCCGCGGACGCCAUAGCGGCGGCGGAGCAACGCGACGUCGACUUCUCCGACCUGUCACUCAAGCUCGCCACCGACGUCAUCGGCCAGGCGGCGUUCGGCGUCGACUUCGGCCUGACGGCCGCCGCGGCGGCAGCACCGCGCUCCGACGACGCCGACGCCGACGGCGGCGAGGCGGCGGAGUUCAUCAGGGAGCACGUCCACUCCACCACCUCCCUCAAGAUGGACCUCUCGGGGUCGCUCUCCAUCGUGCUCGGCCUCGUCGCGCCGGCGCUGCAGGGGCCCGCGCGGCGGCUGCUGAGCCGCGUCCCGGCGACGGCGGACUGGCGGACCGCGCGCGCCAACGAGCGGCUGCGGGCGCGCGUGGGGGCGGUCGUGGCGAGGCGGGAGCGCGCCGGCGGCGAGGCGAGGCGGGCGCGGCGGGACUUCCUGUCCGCCGUGCUCAACGCCCGCGACGGCGGCAGCGACAGGAUGCGGGCGCUGCUCACGCCGGACUACGUCGGCGCGCUCACCUACGAGCACCUCCUCGCCGGCUCCGCCACCACGGCGUUCACGCUCUCCUCCGCCGUGUACCUCGUCGCCGGCCACCCGGGCGUCGAGGCCAAGCUGCUCGACGAGGUCGACCGCUUCGGCCCGCCCGACGCGGUCCCGACGGCAGACGACCUGGAGCACAAGUUCCCCUACCUCGACCAGGUGAUAAAGGAGGCGAUGAGGUUCUACACGGUGUCGCCGCUCAUCGCGAGGGAGACGUCGGAGCAAGUAGAGGUCGGAGGCUACACACUCCCAAAGGGGACGUGGGUGUGGCUGGCGCCGGGGGUCCUGUCGCGCGACGAGGCGCAGUUCCGGGACGCCGGCGAGUUCCGGCCGGAGAGGUUCGACGCCGGCGGCGAGGAGGAGCGGCGGCGGCACGCGUACGCGCACGUGCCGUUCGGGCUGGGCCCGCGCGCGUGCCCGGGGCGGCGGUUCGCGCUGCAGGAGGUGAAGCUGGCCAUGGCGCACCUCUACCGCCGCUUCGUGUUCCGCCGGUCGCCGCGGAUGGAGUCGCCGCCGGAGCUCCAGUUCGGGAUGGUGCUCAGCUUCAGGCGCGGCGUCAAGCUCACCGCCGUCGAGAGGCGCCACGCCGCCGCCGCCUAGACAAGCGCAGAUCACCUGCAAAAAAUACUUGUUGCAACAUUUGGAUCUUUUGUACAAGGAAAAGAUAAACAUUGUUACAGUUGUGACUGCGAAGUAGUAGUGCUAUCAAUGAUAUCGUAUCAGCAGAACAGUAUGUGAGAAUGAUAUUAUCUGUAAAAAAUUAUGCUACCUGAUGAUGCAGAGUACAUGAUGAGCCAUCAUGUAAGAGAGAACAAAACAGUGAAAACAGUACUCUAUUUGUCACUGUUAGUUUUAGUAGGAUCAGCAAUCCAUGUUACAAAGAGGGAAGCAAAAAAGAAAUAAGAAUUAGCAUCAUUGUAUUGGGGAGGA